AUGCCUAAAAUAUUCUUGAAAUCAGACUCGUCAUUGGAAAUGGCAAGAUACUUGGAUGCACCCUGGUCUAUCCUUUAUUAUAUAGGGAGACUUAUUCCUAAACCGAUACGCGAUUCGCUGUAUGAUUGGUUUGCCGCUAGACGUUACGAAAGUCUUGGAAGAACCGAUGUAUGUCAAAGACCGAUUCAAGGUACCUUUUUCACAUUGUCUAGAAUAUUCACAAGUAUAUCAUCGUUGAUCGUUAAUAUGUUUGCUCAGGAUACGAAAAUAGAUUUAUUGAUUGGAGAGAAUCCAAUCAGAAACAUGAUUAAAAUCGGUACAAUAGUAGCAGUAACAGCAACAUGA